AUGGCGCCUGGGGAAAAGAGAAAGAGCGUUUUUCUCAGUAUUGCUGAUAAGCUGAGAGUCAUAGAGCGUCUGGAGGCUGGGUACUCUGUGAAGAACGUAGCUCAAGAGUUCGGUCUUGGACUGUCGACGGUGAAGGAUCUGAAGAAGAACAAAGAAAAACUCAGAAGUUUCUCGCAGAGAUUCGAGGCAGGCAGCAACACAAUCAAGAUCAGAAAAACGAUGAGGCGACUGCCGUCCGAGGCAAUCGACGAGGCAGUUUACAAGUGGUACAGUCAGCAUCGGUCGAACGGGGUUUCUGUUCGAGGCACUGAAAUCUUAGCUGCUGCCAAACGCUUCGCCAAGCAACUGAACGUACAAAAGUUCACCUUGAACAGUGGAUGGUUAUGGCGAUUUCAGAAUCGGCACGGUUUGCCUGGAAUAAGAAAUUCUGUGGAAGCACAAAAUGGUGAUGACAUCGUCGAAGUGGAUCUAUUUCGACAGAAGCUGAAGGAAAUCAUUGAACAGUCAAACUUGUCGUUAGCGCAACUUUAUAACUUCGAUGAGACUGGGCUUCUCUACAGUAUGCUCCCCGAAGACCUGCUAUCAACCAAGCCCAAUGAAUCUGUGGAAGAACAGAAGCUUUCCAAGGAGAGACUGUCGGCGCUGCUCUGCGUUAAUGCCAACGGGUCCCACCGUCUGAAGGCAGUAAUUGUUGGAAAGCACAGGUGGCCAUGCGUAGUAAACAAAUGCUUUCAUCAGCUACCGGUGCAUUACUACCACAAUCCAAGUGCUUGGUUCACCUGGGAUAUCGUUCAGGAUUGGUUUUUCAAGCAUGCUGAACCUGAAAUUCGCCGCUUUCAAGUCGAGGAUUUGAAAAUAGCACCAAGUGAUGUUUGUGCUCUCAUCCUUAUGGACAGGGCCCCUGUGCAUCUCGACAGUCAUGCAUUGAGCAGCCAUGAUGGGAGGAUAAAAUGUCUUUUGAUUCCUCCUAAUGUAUCAUUGGCACAACCCAUGGAGCAGGGAAUCAUUCUUUCGACCAAGAGGCUUUACCGGAAGAAAUUUCUUGACGAGGUGCUGAUUCUCCCUGAAGAAAUUGCUGAUGGAGACCAUGACAUCCAAGAGAUAAGGCCCUUGACAAACAUCAAGAAUUACAGCCUCAAGGCCGCCAUCUUUAACUUUGCUGACGCCUGGCGGGAUAUGCCUCAGUCCACCUUGACGAACUCCUGGAAGCGCUUGCUAAGCAAUAGCGAUGUUCAGUGGGAGAUGGAAGGUAUUGAAGUUGCAGAUUUCCUCAAAACCUUCACUGCUGUAGGAAGAACUAGAGUGACCGAAUCCAUUGUGUUUGCAUGGCUGGAGGAAGAUGAGGUGGAUCCUGGGUACCAGAUGUUGACGGAGGAGGAAAUCGUCAAGGAUGUCUUACAGUCGCGUGGCAAGGGUACCCCUGAUGACGAUAACGAUGAAGCAUUGCAAGGAAAAAAGAGAAUUAAACUCUCCACCAUCCGUAACCAUUGUGAUAUUAUCCUUGCAUACCUAGACACCUCCGAAGACCCAGCACUUCAAGACUAUUAUGAACAAUUCCGUAAUUUCAGGCAAAUCAUCAUCCAAAGGCAACAGAGGAAUACUUCGCAAAUGGAUGUUCAUAGCUUCUUCCGCCCCCGGGAAGCCACUUUACCACCCAACACAUCUGGACCAAGCGCUUAA